CAUGCUGAGUGAUGCGUUAGUCAGUUGGAACCAUGCACGACUCAGUAUCGAUGCUUAUUGCAGAGCGAGUGAUUGACAAAUGAUUGUUUAAAAUCAUAUAGAUACGUACAAAUGUGAGGCAGUGUUAUUUUCUACCAAAAUCAAAUGAAGAAGGAUAAAAAUGAAUACUUCAUAUUUGUUCGGAAGAGAUCAGCAAUGGGGUCCCAGAUACUAUUUUUCCUAUUACAGUGAAUUUGGACAACGCGAAGCCAUCAGCAAAUUUGAAGCUACCGUACUAUGCUUUAUAUUCAUCACAGCGAUUGGCACAAACGUGGGUAUAAUAGUGUGCAUUUUCCACUAUAAGAAAAUGCAAACACCAACAAAUCGUUGUCUGGUUAAUUUAGCUGUUGCCGAUCUAUUAUUUUCCGUUGGCAUUCCAGCCGUUGCAUACACCAGACUCACCCAAUCAUGGAGUUUAGGAGAAACAAUGUGUAAAUUUCUUCCCUAUUCGCAGCUCGUCUGUGGAUUUGUAUUACUAUGGACCUUAACACUGAUAUCGAUUGACAGAUACAGAUGUUUGGCAGUCUCGCCGUACAGAAGUAUAUUAUCAAAAUCCCGGGUUUACAUAGCUAGCGCUAUAACAUGGCUAACGGGAGUCACGUUAUUCCUGCCCAUCGCACUAUGGUUCACAACUUUAGAAUCAUUGGAGAAAAAAGCUAUAUGUACUUUGAUAUUCCCGAUGAAUCAAGUCAUAAACAUUUCCCUCUGUUUCAUCAUUUCUAUUGUAAUAUUAGCCUGUUUUCUACCAAUGUGUCUCCUAGUCUACCAUUAUCACAGAAUUUUCCAGAGAAUAAUUGACGCAAGAAGCAAAUGGACGGUACCCUGUGUUUCUCAGACAGUAGACGCUCCCCCCGGCAACCGACGAGAUUCGGAAUUAUCAGUAAUUGGAAGUUUGGGUCUAGUAGCCUGGACAGGAAGAAAAUAUUCCGGAAGUUCAUCAUUUACGGCUCGUCAGGGACGUACCGGAAGUCUCUCGCAAAGUGAAGAAAUUCGACUGCAUAGACAUGUAAAAGUUGUCAGAAUUCUACUUCUCAAUGUGCUCGUAGUCCUGACUAUGUGGUUACCAAUUACAAUCAUAAUGCUAUUGAUUUAUGUGGAUGGCCAUAGACCAACAGAAGACACUAAUUUCUUUUUAAAAUCCCAUUACUUUAUCUGGGCCCUGAUUAUUGCGCAAUUCAACACUGUUGUCAAUCCCUUGCUGUAUGGGGCAUUUUCCGAAAAUUUCAAAGCGUGUUUCGCCAAAUUGUGGCAUAGAAGACCAAGAAUAUAUAUUUGUUCGAAUCCCCCGACAAUUGACAGUGGCAGAGCCUCAUGAAUGCGACUUCGGUACCGUAAAAAUUGAGAAUUUCUAGAUGAUCUGUCGGAAAUUCAGAGCCAAUUUCUGUCUCGACUACUCUCUCGAGGAUUUUACUCAUUGGUGACCACCCCGUGUAGAUCCUAGAG